AAUCACGCUACCCCGACCCCUCUCAUAUCUCUGCAUGAUUGUGUCUCGUUACACUUUACUGUAAUAUUGCAAGUUAAUUUACAACUACGUAGUACGUAUUUAAUUACAUCUACAUAAUCACAACUCUUUAAUCCGUAUAUUAGCAAUUAUAAUGACGAUCAACAACAUGCCCACCGAUUGGACGGAACCGAUCGUCCGAGUCCAGUCACUCGCCGCCGCCGGCCUCUCCGCCAUCCCGGAAAGAUACAUCAAGCCCCCGGCCGACCGCCCUUCCCUCGGCGGCGAUGACGGGGAUCUUGAUAUUCCGGUGAUCGAUCUCGGACCUUUGUUCCAGCACGGCGACGGCGACGACGUUGCCCUUGCGAAGGCUAAGGUUAUGUCCCAAGUCUCGGCGGCAUGCCGGGAAUGGGGUUUCUUUCAGGCGGUGAACCACGGCGUUAAGCCGGAGCUGAUGGAGGGUGCUCGGGAAGUGUGGCGUGAGUUCUUCCACCAGCCGGUGGAAGUUAAGGAAGUGUAUGCCAACUCGCCGGCCACCUAUGAGGGCUACGGCAGCCGUCUAGGGGUGGAGAAGGGGGCGGUUCUUGAUUGGAACGACUACUUUUUUCUUCACUAUCUUCCAUCUUCCAUCAAGGAUCAUAACAAAUGGCCUCAAAUCCCCACUCAUCUGAGGGAUACGGUAGAGGAAUACUCGGAAGAAGUUGUGAAGUUUUGUGGAAGAUUAAUGAGUAUUUUGUCAACAAACUUGGGAUUAGAUGAGGGAUUUUUACAGAAUGCUUUUGGAGGUGCUGAUGAUAUUGGUGCUUGCAUGAGGAUUAACUUCUACCCAAAAUGCCCUCAACCAGACCUAACCCUCGGCCUCUCUUCUCAUUCCGAUCCCGGCGGUCUCACCGUACUCUUGCCAGACACCGACGUUCUCGGCCUCCAGGUCCGGAAAAAUAGCGACUGGGUGACCGUCAAACCAGUCAACCAAGCCCUCAUUGUUAAUAUUGGUGAUCAAAUUCAGGUGUUAACCAAUGCGAUAUACAAAAGCGUUGAACAUAGAGCGAUUGUGAACUCAAACAAAGAGCGUGUGUCACUCGCAUAUUUCUAUAGUCCCCGCGGUGAUUUGGUGAUACAACCGGCGAAAGAGUUUGUGUCGCCAGAAAAUCCAGCAUUAUAUUCACC